AUUUGCAAUAGUAAGCAUUCUUUAUUCCAACCUGCGAACUGUAUAAAUAUUCGAUGAUUUAGAGAGUAAAAUGUAAUCAACUUAUAUCUUCUGGUAAUAUCGUGUCAUCGAGGUUACUCUGCCACUUACGUAUUUAAGUCUUUCUGCAAAAAAAAAAAAAUAUUUAUUUUUUUGAAGGCUUUUUUAAAAUUUCUUUUAUUAUACUCUCAUUAUAAUAAACACAAAAUAUACAUAAUUUAUAUAGGGACUGAACAAACAUAAUUUCCUAAAUUAAUAUAGAAAUAAUAUGUUAUUUAAAAAAAAAAUCAAUUUCAUCAAUCAAAUAAAAAUCAGAUUCAAUCAUCUAAUCUUGAAAGAGCCCACAAAAUGAGAACAUGUAGUGGGGAUGCAACAAAUGAUUCCAAGACCAAGAAUCCUAAAUACAUAUGUGGCCAGAAAAUAAACAUGCAAUAUCUUACAUAUUCAAUGUAUAUACAUAUUGUAAAGAUGAAACAAAAUCACAAUCACAAUAGUAGAAUCGUUUGCACGUGAAUUGGUACCCUUCACAAAUCACAAUCUUCUGCUAUAAUAUAUGAGCACAUGAAAUAAUUCAACUUAGUCAAAUCUUUAAGUUGCAAACGAUAUUAUAAUGUCUAAAUAGGAGCAUUAUUCAAUAGUAUCUGUAAAAUACAGUUUACUUUAUGGCAAAUGAUUUUCCAACAAAUAAGGGUUUUGUCAGGAACAUGAGAUAUCCACAUAUGUACUCUGAGCUGUCCCUAAAUACAGAUAAGCUUAUCAGCAUUAUUUAUAAAUAAUUAACUAAGAUUUAGAAGAAAAAAAAUUUUCUUUUUCAAAUAAAAAUUCAAAUAUCAGUAUAUGUUUGCAACCAAACAUCUGUAUUCUGCUGCAAAUUAUUUCCAAAAUAACAAAAGGAGAGAAUAAUCACAUUACAGAAAGUUUGUUAAUCCUAAUUAAAUCUACAAUGUUAAAAAUUUCCCGUGAUCCGUUUCUACGUUUCACUACACUAAUUCUAAUUACAUCCUCUCUAUUCUCUUAUGGAACCGAAGCAAGACUACAUUAUUACAACGACAUACACAAUCCCAACUCAUAUCCAGAGCCACCGUAUUCGUCCUUCUCUCAAUCUCAGCCUCCAUCUAUUUCUCCAGACCCUGAUGACCUGUCACAGCCUCCAUCUCCUUGCCAAGAUCUCGCCCAAGAAGUAGUCCACGAUGUGAGAAACUAUGGUGCGAUCGGGGACGGUAUCACAGACGACACUGAUGCGUUCAAGACAGCUUGGGAUUCAGCUUGUAGCAACGACGAGGACAACAACACUGUCUCCAUAUUGCUUGUACCUUUCGGUUUCACUUUCGUGAUCCAUUCCACUAUUUUCACCGGUCCUUGUCGCUCUUACCAAUACUUCCAAGUAUUUUUUUUUUUCAAAUAUCAAAGUCAUUUCAAUUUCUACAAGAUUAUCAAAUAUUGUUUAAUUUCUGGUGGUUUUCAUUUAAUUAAUAAGGUCGAUGGGACCAUCGUGCCACGGGAUGGACCAGAAUCGUGGCCGAGUGGUUUCAACAAAAGACAAUGGCUCGUCUUUUAUCGAAUCAAAGGAAUGGCUCUAAUAGGCAACGGAGUUAUCGACGGUCGCGGACAAAAAUGGUGGGAUCUUCCAUGCAAACCUCACCGGAAUGUCAACAAAACGACUGCACUUACUGGUCCAUGUGAAAGCCCUGCCGCUUUGAGGUUUUUCAUGAGCUCAAAUCUAAGUAUGCAAGGUGUGACUAUUAAAAAUAGCCCGCAGUUUCAUAUGACAUUCGACGGAUGUCAUGAAGUUCACAUAAACUCCCUUCGAAUCACAUCUCCACCGUCAAGUCCCAACACUGACGGCAUCCACAUCGAGAACUCCAACUCCGUUGAGAUUCAUAACUCGGUUAUCUCCAACGGAGAUGAUUGUGUCUCCAUUGGAUCUGGAUCAUACAAUAUCGAUAUACUGAAUCUCACUUGCGGACCUGGCGGUCAUGGAAUUAGCAUUGGAAGUUUAGGCAACCAAAACUCACGUGCAUGCGUCUCCAAUAUUACGGUUAGAGAUUCGUUCAUCAAGUUUUCCGACAAUGGUGUACGGAUCAAGACAUGGCAAGGUGGAUCCGGGUCCGUUUCUGGUGUAACGUUCGACAAUAUCCAAAUGGAUAAUGUCCGAAAUCCAAUAAUUAUCGAUCAGUACUAUUGCACGAGCAAAAACUGUCCUAACAAAACAAAUGCGGUUUUUGUGAAUGAUGUAGUAUAUCAAAGUAUAAAAGGGACAUACGAUAGACGUAGUCCUCCUAUGCAUUUUGGAUGUAGCAACAACGUACCAUGCGUAAAUUUGACUCUUUCGGAUAUUGAUUUGGUGCCUUCAAAAGGUGAAAUGGUUGUGGAUCCGUUCUGUUGGAAUGCGUACGGGGUUGUGGAUGAGUUAUCUGUUCCUUCGAUUUCGUGUCUCAAAUCGAAUCCUUCGACCUUACUGUUAGGUGGUCUUUUAGGAGAGUGUGGAGCACGGUGAUUUGAUUCAGUUUUGAUUGUUAUAUGAGUAGAAGCUGGUGAAAUAGACUAUGUCCAGCUUUUGAUGUUGUUAUGCGCUUUGACGUUUUCAGCGAGUUGAAUUCAACUUGCAAUGUUUAAGUUUGAACUAUAGAAUAUAGCAUUCAAUCUGAUACGCUAGAUCAAAUCAUUCUCAAGCAAGACUCGCAAUCAAACAAAAAGUAAACACGCAUUGACGCAUAACUAACAAAUCAAGUUCGAUUGUCUUUCUUCAGACGAAUGAUUUUUUUUUUGAAAUAUAAAUUAAUAAAUAUGACGUGUGUGUGACUUGGUGAGGUGUUAAAAUAGUACUUUGUUUAAGACUAAGAGGAAUAAUCUUUUUGACUUUCUUGCCCCUGGUCACGUUUUUCACGUUAGUAAAAUAAAAAAUUCGAGAACCUUUAGGUUGAGAUUUGAAUAGUUUAUACCGGACUUUUAUUAAAUUAGUACAAAAUACAUUGCGUAUAACUUUUUGAUUUUUUUAAUUACAUCCCCUAGUUCUGUCAAACUCCAAUGUAAACAAUAUCGAUAAUUAAUCUGAUCCUGAUUUUUUUUUAUAAAAUGUAAAAUAUAAUCUCAUCUUCAUCUUGAUAAACACAUGAUAAAUUUAUUUCUGACAAGAUUUGGAUUUAUAAUCGACGAAUUUAUUUUUUUUCUAAAUUAGUUUUUUAGCAAAUUAUCAUCUACUUGGUUUAUGCCUAUAUAUAACUUAUUUUGAUAAGUACUUUUUAAUUCAUUGACAUUGUUUUACGUUGAUAAUUAAUUUGAUUUCAUAAAUCUAUAAAUUUUAGUCAAGCCAAACUCGACAAUGAAA